UCGGUCUGAGAUUCUCCGCCGAAGCUAAAAUCACUCUUUGAGUCUCUGCUCUUCUGAUGUAUACAAAGAGAGCACUGUUUCAGAGAGCGAACUCUGCUCUCUUAUAUCCUUCUUCUUCCUCUGAAUCAGCCAAAAGAAUCCACAAAUUUCUGAGGAACCUUUCCACGGCGGCUGAAAGGUUAGAUUUUAGAAACUCUAAUGAGUAUCGAACCGAGGAUUCAUCAAAUUUCUCUGGUGAUAUAAACCCUAGACCAUAUUUUAAGGGCAGCAAAGAAUAUUGGGAAAACCAAAACCGAAGUGGAAGCUGUAAUGAAGUUAGUGAAAGUGUUCUUCAGACACAAAGUCAGAGUUUGAGUUCGAAUUCAUGGCAGCAGAAUCUUAGUGUGUCUAAUCCACAGGUCCAAUCUCAGAAUCAAGAAAACCUCUGGAAGAAUCUAAGUUACGGGACAAACUCUGAUUAUCGAAAUGGUGGAUCUUCUUGGUAUUCAGGUAAUAAUAACAAGACUUUCAAUUCCAAAAAAGAGUACACGAUUGAGGGUUUUGAUGCAUUUUGCAAACAAGAUAACCUAAAGCUGGCUCUAGAUGCUAUGAACUCACUGGAGAAGAAGGGUCAUUUUCUGGAUUUAGCUAGGCUUUUACGGUUAGCGCAGCUUUGUGGGGAAGAAGAUGGUUUUCAUGAUGCUGAUACUCUACAAGAAACUAAAGUAUCUGUUCAGGGAAAGAUCAGAGCUUUAGUUUACCAUUUAGAUGCAAACUAUCUAAAAACUCAUACUGACCUCGUGGUUGAGGAAUUCGAUGCGUUUUACAGAAAAGGGAAUGUGAAGAAGGCUCUGUAUGCUAUGGAUACAUUGGAAAGCUUGAGUCAUGUUUUGGAUUUAGAUAGGCUUUUACGGUUAGCUAAGCUAUGUGGUGAAGCAGAGGCUUCUCGAGAAGCCAAGGCUGUUCACUGGAAAAUUCGUGCCUCAGUUUCUCAUUUAGAUGUGAGUUCUUAUCAGAUAUUGAUUGAAAUGUAUUCCAACUGUGGUUUGGUGAAUGAAGCGUCGAGUGUUUUCGAGGAAAUGCCUGAGAAGAAUCUGGAGACUUGGUGUAGUAUAAUAAGAUGUUUCGCAAAGAAUGGUCUAGGAGAAGACGCUAUUGACAUGUUCACUCGUUUUAAAAACGAAGGAAACAAACCAGACGGUCGACUAUUCAGAGGAGUGUUCUAUACAUGUGGUUUGCUAGGUGAUAUUGAUGAAGGGUUAUUGCACUUUAUGUCAAUGUCCAAAGACUAUGGAAUCAUCCCUACCAUGGACGAUUAUGUAAGCAUCGUUGAGAUGUUUGCGUUACCGGGAUUUCUAGAUGAAGCCUUGGAAUUUGUUGAGAGAAUGCCUAUGGAGCCAAAUGCUGAUGUGUGGGAAACAUUGAUGAACCUUUCUCGUGUACACGGCGAUUUAGAGCUUGGUGAUCGGUGUGCUGAGAUUGUUGAGGAGUUAGAUCCUACACGACUGAACAAACAGUCAAAGGAAGGUUUUUUACCGGUCAAGGCAUCAGAUGUUGAGAAAGAGAGUCUCAAGAAAAGGUCGGGGAUUCAUUCUUUUCCCAGUUUCACACCUGGUGUGAGGCAGGAAUUCAAGGCAGGGGAUACCAAUCUACCUGAGAACGAUGAACUCUUUGAGCUAUUGAGGAGUUUAAAGAUGCAUAUGGUAGAAAUGGGAUAUGUCCCUCUAACGAAAAUUGCUUUGCAUGAUGUAGACGAUGAGAGUAAAGAGUCCGCACUCCUGGGUCAUAGCGAGAGAAUAGCUUUUGCUCGCGGUGUUCUCAACUCUGCACCGCGUAAAACUUUCACUGUGCUGAAAAACCUCCGUGUGUGUAUUGAUUGUCAUAACGCGUUGAAGAUUAUGGCAGUUAUAGUUGGUAGAGAAGUGAUCAUGCGAGAUAUAAAGAGAUUUCACCAUAUGAAAGACGGUGCUUGCACUUGUGGAGACUACUGGUGAUUAACCUUGAGGGUUUUUGAAGCCGAGUUCAAACCAAAAGACUGCACUAUACGAAGACAAUUUUCUCUUGAUUGAAGGAGCUAGCCUGAAGGAGUUAUACGCCAACCGGGGUGAAGGGUAUUUGCUUCUUGCUAUUCUUGUUGUAUUUGAUGUGAUUUCAUAUCUCUUCAAGUAGAAGAGAUGAACCCUUUAACUAUUUAAAACUUAACUGAGUGCCUCAGUAUGUCUUUCAUUAUGUAAGGAUCAUGUCGGCAUACCUAUUCUCAUUAUGGUGUACCAUUCUUUUGUUAUGUAUGGUAGACUUCGGAUUAUGUUUAAUAGACUUGU